AUGAAGUUGCAGAUGGAGAGAUUUAAUCCAUUAGAUUCAUAAUUUGCUUAGAAAAUUUAAAAAAGAAUUGGGCUCUUCAAUAACAGAGAUAAUUGGAUGAGAAAAGUAAUGAGAAAACUUGACUCAGAUAAACAAUUGGAUCAAGAAAAAGGGAAUAAUUUUUACGAUGGUUUUGACAAUAUCAGUGAAGUGUCGCCUAAAAAUGAAAAGAUUCAGGCAAAAAAACCCAUUAAAUAGAACUCAGUUCCUCCAGAUAAGAAAAAGCAAUCUCAGUUGCUGCUUCAAUAAUUUUAUCAUUCCAAAGGGUUUGAUGAUGAAUAGCCUACUAUAUUCGGAUAGUAUUAAGUCAAUAAUAAUAGGCCAGCACAGACUGCUUAAAUAAAUAAAAAUGACAAAUUGAUCAGUGCAUGGAGUUCUCAAAAUCAAAAUCAAUAAAAAAGAAAUUUAAAUGAAGGACCUGCUAAUUAAGGUGCAAAUUAAACACAAUACAGAGUAAGACAGCUAGGAUCAAACAAAAAUAGAAGGUAUGAAUCUGGAAACUUGAUUAGUAUAAACAUAUAGAAGCAAGAUAGUAAGGAUAGUUUAGAAUCAAUCAAAAAUAUCUAAGAGUAGCGAAUUAUAUUUUCUGGGACUGGCUCAGGUGUUGGAAGUGCCUAAUUCUUAAAUAGCACUGCAGUUAACAGAAAUUUAUUUACUUCUAGGGGAAGAAGACUAAGUAUUAAGAAAUACUAGAGGGAAGAUUUGAUUUAAUCCUAAGAUUAGAUAAAGUUUGUGGAUUAAUCAGCUGCAGAUCAAAGUAGUAUGCGUGAACUAAUUUCACCCAUAAGAAACAUUAAUUCUCAUCAGCAUUUUAGAAAUUAUUACUAGGCUGCCUCUACAAAUUCGCUUGGUUAUACUAGAUCUUGUCUUUGCAACGAUAACGAUUCAAUAUUUUAGGAAAAAUUAAACAAAUUGAACUUAUGCGACAGUAAAAGAUAAUAGGAGUAUAACAACAGAAGUCUUCAUAAAUUGAUUUCUAAGUGCGAUACUGUAUCGAAAGACUAGCAUCAUUAAUCUUAAUAUAGAUUACUGACUAACUAUAUGCAUGACAAUUUUUCAGCUUAAACUCCAAUGACUUAAAAUAUCAGCAAAAGAAGCUAAUUGAUAAAGGAAAAAGUAAAGAUGUGGUCGAAGAAACUACGAUAGGAAUCAGAAAAUUAUGAUUAAUUUAAAUUGAAACCCAAACAAAAGCAAGUGGAUAAGUAGAUCUAGGAGGACAGAGAAGUUUUUGAAAAUAUAACUGUGCUAUAAAAGCAUCUAAUUCCUUCAAAACUAUUGAAAAGACUUUACAUUGCAGACUAGAAAAGUUAGUUUAAUAAUACUAAAGAGAAUUUGGAUUUGACUUACUCCUAUAAUACUCCAACAGGUCCACUUCUCUUCAGGGAAAGUUCAAUCAUCAAGUUAAGCAAAAAUGACACAAGCAAGUAUGAAGACAGUCUGAAAGAUUUAAUAGAUGAAUAUAAGGAUUUCACUAAAAAGAGUGAUCUCGUGAGAAGCACUAAAUACAAGUUUAAGAAAUAUAUACCGAACUCAAAGAAAACAUACAAUUUCAAUUCAUCUAAUUAAAUAUGA